AUGGCCCCGCCCAAAGCGCCGCUUCCGGCCCGCCUGAUUGCCGGGGACUUUCUCGGCUUUAACUGGAACAAAGUGACGUGGAUGGCACCGUACAACAACUUUUACCCCAUCACAGUCUGCGGCGGUCUUGGCGGGCGUUUGUGGUCGUCGUUUAUUCAGUACGGCCACUUCCACAACCGUACGGGCUACAACGUUGUGCGCAACGGGUUUCUUGCCAUUCCGUCGGCCCUAGCCGCCUUUUUCAUGAUUUUUAAUGCCGACUGGUACCAGGCGCUAGCGUCCGCAUGCUUCGUACUGAGGCAGGAUGUGCCGACGUGGGCGCAGGAGAAGUACGCGAAGGAGAUGGUGUACCUUUCAUGGAACAAACCCGGUGCAAUGGCGAAGCACCAUUACGCCGGCACCGUCUCAAUUCCUGGCACGGAGAAACUCAUUAAGGAUUAG